CGGCGGCGCCCCCUGGCGGGCGGUGCGGGCCGGGCCGGCAUGGAGGCCAUCUGGCUCUACCAGUUCCGCCUCAUCGUCAUCGGCGACUCCACCGUGGGCAAGUCCUGCCUCAUCCGCCGCUUCACCGAGGGCCGCUUCGCCCAGGUGUCCGACCCCACGGUGGGCGUGGAUUUCUUCUCCCGCCUCGUGGAGAUCGAGCCGGGCAAGCGCAUCAAGCUGCAGAUCUGGGACACGGCCGGGCAGGAGCGCUUCAGAUCCAUCACCAGAGCCUACUACAGGAACUCAGUAGGCGGCCUCCUCUUAUUUGACAUUACAAACCGCAGGUCCUUCCAGAACGUCCAUGAGUGGCUAGAAGAGACAAAGGUGCAUGUCCAGCCCUACCAGAUUGUCUUUGUCUUGGUAGGUCACAAAUGUGAUCUUGACACACAGCGGCAAGUUACCAGGCAUGAGGCCGAGAAACUAGCUGCUGCAUAUGGUAUGAGAUACAUUGAGACCUCAGCUCGGGAUGCCAUUAAUGUGGAGAAGGCCUUCACCGACCUGACUCGAGAUAUUUAUGAGCUUGUUAAAAAGGGGGAGAUUUCAAUCCAGGAGGGCUGGGAAGGGGUAAAGAGUGGGUUUGUACCAAAUGUAGUACACUCCUCGGAAGAGGUGGUGAAAUCAGAUAGGAGGUGCUUGUGCUAAUCACGUCUAGUGAGAAAAGCUAUGAUGAACUCUACUAACCAAACAUACUCUACUAAGUGAACUCCGUGUGACAGAAGGGGUGUAAUGCUAGUGUGGUGAACAUGUUGUUUUGGACACUAGAGGAACAGAACCAGAAAAACAAUGUUCCGUUCCAAAUAACCUUCCAGAAUCGGGGGGGGGGAGGCUACAAACUUACAUGAGAAUGAACAAGGAUGCAUGAUUACGUUGUAGGAGAUGGGAGGCAUAAGAGCAAGCUGAUCUGAACCAGGUGGUACGCACCAGGGAAUUUUACAUGUCCUGUUUUAAGUAAAUCUAUAGUUAUACACUGCGUGCUGAAGCCACAGUAUGAAUAGUCUAUUAGUAUGAGACAUGCGUGUAGAAAAAGAGAAUGAGAAUGUUGGUGUCAACAGUUAUUUCCAGAAAAACGAGAAUGCAGCAUGGUUACCCCUCAUGAACAAUGCUUCAGUUGUUAGCUCAAAAGGAAACCGUUUUUCAGAUGUGGCAUGCACAUUUCUGGUGUUUAAUGUUCUUGUACCUAAAAACCUGUAGUAAAAACUCACUGGUAUUAAAAGAGGAAACUAAGGGUUGUUUUAUUGGUAACUAAAACUUAAUCACCACCUGUCCUUAUGGGGUUAUUAGUCUUACCACACCUGGCCGAGACUCUUGACAGUAAAAUCCAGCAUAAUGGUUCCAGUUAGGAUUGAGGUACGAAUUUAAAUAUUAAAUAUAAUCUAGCUAGAUGAUUGUACUGGAGAUACCUCUGAUUCAGCGAUUUCCAGUGUAAUUAACAGAUUAGGAACAUAAAGCUUCUCAAGUGUGUCCCGCCAUCCUGUAUUUCACAGACAGGUCAUCACCACCAGGAACCAGCUGUCAGAUGGGGAAACACUGCUGUUUCUGUCUGCAGUGCUGGGUUGUGAAAAUCCCUCCUACUGCUAAGCCCCUUUAAGCUCCACUUACUAGGAAAAUGGAACAAACGCAUGAACAUUCCAGAGCAUAAAUUAAACGCAUCAAACACCCAGAAAGGUGAGUAUUUUUUAAAGAAUAGUGCUAAAACAGAGCAGCCACUGGCAACCUAUUCUGGUCCCUAAGUGUCAUUUUCCUUAUUGGAAGGACCUGGAGGGAGGAGCAUAAGAAUAAACACCUGAGUUGGUAGAAAGGCCAGAGAAGGCCAAGAGGGAAUAUUUUCUCCUCUUUGAAUCCAGUCAUAUCCAUCUCAGGUAGAAUCUGAUGAUUAGGUAGCUGCAUUACACAGGCUCUAACUAGGCAUUUAUUUUCUGGGAACAGCAUCCAUCAUUUGAACUUUACUUCCUCUAAGUAUCAAAGUAAGCUUUUGAAAUGUAGCAUGAUAACCAUGCACCUGAAUUGUACCUAGGGGCAUCAGUUUAUUAGCAGAACUUACAGUGAGAUUUAUUCAAGUUUGCAAACUUUACAAGCCAAACUGUUAAAGGCCUGGAGGGUUAGGUAAACCAUAUAGGCGUGUCGAGUGUUUGAAUGCAGGCCUCUUAGUAGACAAGUAUUCCUAAUUGCUUUUCUAAGGUAACAUGUUCCAUAAGAGUAUGCUUUUUUGGUUGUUAACAAGUUGAACCAAUCUCUCUUCAGAUCUGUUUCUGUAUUUUGUACCAUUUGGCCAGGACACUGGAUCAUAAAAAUAAUCACAGCCUAGGUAUAAAAGCUGUACAUGAAGACAAGUAAUAUUUUACUUUUAUACUUUCUGGUACCAGUUCUAGUUCAUUGCUUUUGUUGCCAAUAAAUUACCACCUGCUGAGCAGAGAAAGGGAUAGUGGAAAAAAUGGGUACCAGCAGGAGAGAUAAUGCUGCAGCUUUUAACUUUGAAGCCCAAUGGUCAACCUUGCUUAGCUCAUAAAUGUGCUGAAUUUGCUGACCUCAUGCUACAGGUCUGUCAGACUCCUUCCAUUGAUUUGAAUGGAUGUUGCAUUGGGCCCACAGUCUGCAGAGGGCAUUUUGAAACCCCCUUCUGGAAUGGCAUACAUUUGGCAGGAUUGGGAAUGAGGAGAGAGCUAGAAUAGUAUGAGCCACGUGUCCACAACUUACAUUGACACCAAUUGGAGCUGAGGGCUAUUGGCAGAAUUGUGCAGAGACCUGCUCGGCACUUCUUCGGACUCAGAACAGAGCCACCAGUCUCUAACUUUGGUAGACACAAAGGUCAGGUUGACAUACUUCCAUUCAUCAAAUAAAAAAAUAUGCCAAACCACUGUUUUGACCAUUCCAAGUCUGGGCCAGUUCUACAGUUGUCUCUGAUAUUCUUGUUGAGGAGAAUGAGUCUUAAAUAAUAUUUUUUGGACACAGAAGGAAGUAAAACUAGUAGGGUUCAGGUAUCACCAGAUUCUCCUAAGCCAGCACAGCAGGGACCUGGCUGAUGGGGAAAGUGAUGGAGUUUUUCAUUGCAUUUGCUCUUUUUUACUGUAAUGAAAAACUGCAUUUCAUUUAGUGGGCAUAGGGGUUUUGUUUGUUUGUUUUUCUAAGGCAAAAAGUCAUAAGGAAUUUUAUUCAGGCCUUAAGAGUAAAUGUUGAAUUUAUCGGAGAAGUAUUGUAGUUCUAAAAAAGGUGCAGUAUGAAAACAUUCUACACCAUCUUAACUUACUUAAAAGGAUUAAAACAAAAGAAAAAUGGUUAUAUUAAAUAAGAGAGAUCAUUAUAUACAUCUUUUUUCUAAUUCUACAUUUUCUAGGCAGCUUAUAAAAACAUAAGCAAUGUAGAGUCAUCUGUACAAAGUUUGGAGUUUCUUUUCUAAGAUGAAAAAAACUUAUAGGCUACGAUAAGCAUUCUUUUCUAAGAACUGAUUUUAAUGCUUUGACUAUGGCAAGAGGUAUUGGAGAAACUGGAAAGCAAAACUUUCAAAGGAUAAAGUUUCAGGACCUCUUUUACUCUAGGGGAAGUCAGUCGAACAAAAACAGACUUUCUGUGGUCCAGAUCACAGGUUAAAAACAAUCUGCAUGUUAGAUUGGAAUUGCUCAGAACCUCCAGAAUAAAAGUAUACUGUACACUUUUCCUAGCUUUCUGUUAUGCACUGUAAUGAAAUGUGAAAAAAAUGCUGUAUUUAGCUGUAUGUGAAUGAAAACAUGCUUGUAUUUAGCAAAAUGGUUAAUAUGUGAUUAUGUGAAAUUCAAAACUUGUAAAGAAACUCUUUGUGGUUUUUCCUUCCCCCAUUCUUCAUCAGUAAGCCAUUUAGUAACUGUAUUACUUCUUACAGCUACCAUGACUGAAAACCCAAUACAAGGUAGAUCAAUAAUAAACAACACACAGUCUGUUUACAA